UUUGAAUAUAAUAAUAAUUGUAGCAGGUAGUAGUAGCAGUAGUAAGUAAUUUUAAAAAAACUGUAGCAAAGAAGCAAAAGACAGACAACAGAACACAAAAGCCGUGCUAUGAAGAACAAGAAGAAGAUUGAGAUCUGUUCCUUCCUUACACUCUCUCUCUCUCUUUUUCAUUUCCUUAAAUAAAUAAAUAAAUUUUUUAUUUAUUUUUCAUUUCACUUCAUUCUUCCACACUCUACGGAAUACCAUUCAUUCAACACUCGAUCGCCGGAACUGUUAUUUUUCCGGUCACCGGAAUCCACCGUUAAAUCCUAUGUUUCAGGAUCAGUAACUAACUCUGUCGGUGCUGUGUCACUAAUCCAAAAUGUUCAGAUGGAGGAGUGACAAAAAUAAAGUCAAAGCUAUUUUCAAACUCCACUUUCAUCUCACUCAGGUGGUACAAUCUGGUGUGGAUUCUUUGGUGUUGUCUAUAAUUCCUGGUGAUAAUGGAAAACCAACUACAAGAUUAGAGAAAGCUAUAGUAACUGAUGGAAUUUGUAAAUGGGAGAAUCCUGUUUAUGAAACUGUUAAAUUUGCUUAUGACACUAAAAAUGCCAAAUUUACUGAAAAAAUUUAUUAUUUUGUUGUUUCAACGGGGUUAUCAAAAGCAAGUAUUUUUGGGGAAGUUUCUAUAGAUUUUGCUGAUUAUGCAGAAGCUACAAAGAUUUCUUCUGUUUCUCUUCCCAUCAAGAAUUCAAAUUCUGAUGCUGUCUUGCAUGUAUCAAUCCAGAGAUUACAAGAAAAUAAUGAUAAAAGAGAGGAAGAGGAAUAUGAAGAUACUAAACUAAAACCCAAUGAUAGGAGCUUAAGGACCUAUUUAAGCAAUGGAGAUCUUAAUGGAUGCACUAAAAGUGAUUCUUCAGAAAUUUCACAGGAUGCGUCUGCCAAUGCAAACACAGAUAGAUCUGGAUUGACUGUUGAUUGUAGGACAUCUAGUGGAUCUGACAUUACAUUGUCAAGUUCCGACGGAAGCUUUGGACUUGAUACUCCCCGAGAACUUGGACUAAGAAAUACUACCAUCCAGGUAACCACAAAUGGUGUCCCUUCAGAGCCUCAAAAACCUGCUGUGAAUGCCUUGCCAUCAAUGUAUGAUGUACAUCAGAGAUCAUCACAUUUCCGGGACCGCUCAGCUAGUUCAGAACAUGGUCUGAGUACGGACGGUUCAUCACAUGGCUCUCAUGAUGCACUUCCGAGGGAAAGAUCCCAUCAGGCAUCAGAUUUAGAGAAUGAAAAGUUGAAGGCUGAAGUUGCUGCUUUGGCUAGGCAGGUGGAUGUGUCAGACAUGGAACUUCAGACUCUUCGGAAGCAAAUCGUAAAGGAAAGCAAAAGUAGGCAGGAGCUCGCAAAGGAAGUUAUCAGCUUGAAAGAGGAAAGAGAUACACUCAAAAUAGAAUGCGAAAAUCUCAAGUCUUUACGCAAACGAGUGGAUGAAGCCAAAAUGAGUAGCAGGUCACAAUUGGGAAGCGGAGAUCUUCAUACUCUUGUUGAAGAAAUCAGACAAGAAUUGAAUUAUGAGAAGGACCUGAAUGCAAAUCUCAGACUACAGUUAAAGAAGACACAGGAAUCAAAUGCUGAACUAGUUCUCGCUGUUCAGGAUCUCGAUGCAAUGUUGGAGCAGAAAAAUAGGGAAAUACACAGUCGUUCCAAUACUUACGAACAUACUAAAAACUCCCAUGAUUUAGGGAGAAACCCCUCUAAUUGUGAAACAGACGAUGAUGAACAAAAAGAAUUGGAUGAGCUUGUUAAGGAUCAAAGCGGUGCCAAGGAGACACACUUACUUGAGCAAAAAAUCAUGGAUCUCCAUAGUGAAAUAGAGAUGUACAGGAGAGACAAAGACGAGUUAGAGAUGCAGAUGGAGCAGCUUGCACUGGACUAUGAAAUUUUGAAACAGGAAAACCAUGACAUUGCAUAUAAGCUGGAACAAAGUGAACUGCAAGAACAGUUGAAACUGCAGUAUGAAUGCUCUCCUCCUCCUGGCAUAGAAGACUUUGAAACACAUAUCCAGAAUCUGGAAAGUCGACUCAAGAAACAGUCAGAAGAAUUCUCAAAUUCUCUGGAAACCAUCAAGUCUCUUGAGAACCAAAUCAGCAGAUUAGAGGAGGAACUGGAGAAACAAUCCCAAGGAUUUGAAGCUGACUUAGAUGCAGUGACACGUGACAAAGUUGAGCAAGAGCAAAGAGCCAUUCGAGCAGAGGAAGCUUUGCGAAACACCAGACAUAAAAAUGCUAGUACUGCAGAGAGGAUUCAAGAAGAAUUUAGAAGGCUUUCAAUGCAAAUGGCCACGACAUUUGAGGCAAAUGAAACGGCUACCAUGAGAGCACUGACAGAAGCAAAUGAACUUCGUGUUCAUAAAAGACUACUGGAGGAAAAGCUGUGUAAAGUCAAAGAAGAGCUUCAGUCAGUCAAAGCUGAUUAUGAGGUAAAACUGAAUGAACUUUCCAACAAAAUAGAUACCAUGACAGUUCAGAUGCAACAGAUGUUGUUAGAAAUUGACGACAAGUCCAUGCAACUCGAAAACCAGAAAACGCACGAGGAACAAGCUGGCAAUGAUUUCUCCGAAGAGAUCCAGUUGCUAAAAUCUGAGAAUGAAAAGCUUACAGUGGAGAUCUCAUGCUUAUCUGAACAAGUAAAACAAAAAGAAAUUUUAAGUUCUGACAUGGAACUCAUGAAGAAAUCACUUGAGGAAUAUGAGAUCCUGUUAAAUACUCAAAAGGAAGAAAGAAACGAGCUUGUGAGUACAAUUGCUUUGUUGAAGAAGGAAGCAGAACAGUCACUGGAUGAGCUAAAUAUGAUGAUGCAUCUCAAGGAUGAAGAAGAGAAAGUCAGUAGACUCUUGCAUUCAGAGUUAGAAGCACUUAAAGUUCAAUAUAGUGACCUGAAACGUUCUCUUAUUGAUGAUGAGACUGAGAAAGAAAACCUAAAACAAGAAAUUUUCCAUCUUAGAAGUGAACUGACGAAGAAGGAUGAUGCAUUAACCACACAAAUUGCUUCAAUUCCUCAGCAUUCCAAAGAAAUGACAAAUCUGAGUGAGAAAAUAAAAAUGCUCGAGGACCUGAUAAAGUCAAAGGAGAUUGCCUUGGAAACAUCAGCUUCUUCACUUUUGGAGAAGGAAAGGGAACUUCAAUCCAAAGUUGAGGAACUGGAGGACAAAGUGGAGGAACUCAAUCGGAGAACCAAGGUUGUUGCGGAUACAAGUUUUACUUCUACAAAUGACAGAUCUGAAGAAGUAAGAAGUACAAUUGAGCAUCUCAAUGAUACUUCAUGUAUCUCUGAAGAAAACGGGGUUGUAGCAUCAUCAUCCAAGAGUCAUGCACAUUUGUCAGUGAAAGAAGCAGAAAAACACACAAUGGAUACUAAUGCCGAUGGCAGCCUCAGCGACGUUUUAACCGAACUGUCAUCGUUGAAAGAAAGAGACACAUCAAUGGAAACCGAAUUGAAAGAGUUGCAAGAAAGAUACUCAGAAAUGAGUCUCAAAUUUGCGGAAGUAGAAGGCGAAAGACAGAAGCUUGUCAUGACAGUAAGAAGCCUCAAGAAUUCUAGGAAGGGUUAAAAAUUUCUUCCUGCUAUCUUGAAGCCUGCAUUGUAUAGUUGCAGCACUUAAACCCUUUCAAAUGAAUAAUUAAUGUGUGCCAAGAUAUAUACAUCUUAUUCCUUUUUUCUUUUCCUUUUCCCCCUCCUAAGCCCAUCAUAAGGGUACCAUUUUCUAGAGUUAUCAUAGCAGUUUGACAGAGUUUGUUAUGGUUUAAGUAUCGUUUAGUUACCUAUAGUGCUCUCUUUCACUACAAUGUUAAUCUGGUGAUAAUUUUUUUUUUUUUUUUUUUUUUUUUUUUUUUGCGGCUUUAUAAGAGUAUUCUUUUAUUGUAUCAUUUAAUUGUUAUAAUACAAAUGAGAACAUUACUUUAUCAAAUUCAAUAUGUAUACAUAUUUUAUAUAUUCAUGUUCA